GUUGUCAAGUUUUUCUCCGGCAGGAGGUAAAAUCAGCUGUUCCGGUGGACAAUGUAUAAUCAGAAACGUCAGGAUAUUCUAUUCUGGAUGAUAUUUUUCGGAACUCGCCUCCGUCUCCGUCGGUAACGCCUCCCUAUUAGCCUGUUUCAAAGUACAAGCGGCUGUUAGCUAACAGCUCAGGUGAGAGUUCACCGGGUCGAAGGACGUUUUACCGGCUGGACGACAUCUCAUUUCGGUCACUCCUGGACCUCCGCACGCUUGUGUGCUUUCUGUUUUUUCGGGGACACACCACAUUCACUGUCGAGGUGUUUUAAACAAGAUUCAGAAAAUGAGUCGAGGAGGUGAAACCAGCGAGAAAACGUCCGCAGCUUCGGCUAACGUCGAAUUAGAUCUCCGACAGAGGACCAAAGUCAUUUAUGUCACGUAUUUCAUCGCCGCUUUCGACGUCACAUGGAUGUUUUUGCAGUUUACUGUAACCCCGUAUUUGGCAAAGAAACUGGGCUUCGACACCUUGUGGUUUGGCUAUUUGCAAACUACAGUCGGUAUGAUUCAGCUGUUCGGGGGUCCUGUGUUCGGAAGGUUUGGAGAUCUGUUCGGAGCUCGGAUAGCUUUGUCUCUGUCCUGCUCAGCGACCGUCGUCUUCUUCCUGCUGCUGGCCAUAGCGGACCAUCCUGCCAUGCUGUUCAUCCACAAGCUGCCCACAGUCUUCAUGCAUGUCCUACCUGCCGCUCAGAUGGUGGUUACCGACCUUUCAGAACCUGACAAACGGGCCGAUGCUUUAGCCAAAAUGGGUCUGUGUUUUGGCGUCGGGAUGAUAGCCGGCUCCACGCUGGGUGGGCAGCUAGUCAAACACUACGGGGAGACGUUCACUGCGUGUUUCGGUGCUGCAGGAAGCGCCUUCAGUUUGCUGCUGGUUUUAAAGUUCAUCCCUAAAAGUACGAAAGUUGAAUCUGCCACGAGCAGCACUAAAGCCGACGACAGCAAAAACAAGUCGAUAUUCAGCAUGGGAGAGAUCACCAGACUGAUGAAGUUUCCAGGAGUGACGCGAACUUUCCUCGUCAAGAUCGUCGCAGGUUUGCCGUCAGGCAUCUUUCAGGUGAUGUUCUCCAUCAUUGCGUUGGAGUUCUUCAAGCUGCAGCCUGAGCAGAACGGCUACCUGAUGGCUUACUUUGGCAUCGUCCAAAUGGUUCUUCAGGGAGGAGUGAUCGGACGCCUCACAGCGAGAUACUCCGAGAAUUCGAUGCUGCUUCUGUCUAUUGGAGUCGCUUCUUUAGUGGGACUUGGUCAGGCCUACAUGCAGACUGUGUUCCAGCUGUGCCUCAUCGUCGUCCCGAUGAUGUUUUCUCUCAGCAUGUUUAACGUCAUCACGGACAGCAUCCUCACCAACAGCGUACCUUCCUCCGACACAGGCACCAUGCUGGGACUCUGUGCGUCUGUUCAAUCGCUGAUUCGCACAAUCGGACCAACUAUUGGCGGCUUCCUGUAUGUGAGCUACGGCAUUGUUUCUAUAGGUCUAAUUCAGUUUUUUGUAAAUGUUGGUGUGCUUGUUUACUUGAUGCAGCAACGCCUCAACAAGACAGCCGAGCGGAAGCAUUGAAAUCUUGUGUCUGUCUCCGAUUUAUCCAAAAACUUUUUAAAAAGAGGAGACGAGACAAAAAACUGUUUGAUUAUAGGAACAAUCUUUUUGAUUUUUUUGUAAUAUUGUAUGUUUUCUCUGUUCCACUAAUAACAGAAUGAGAUCAGACCAACUCAGACCUCCAGUUCAUUAGUAUUCAGGUUUUAUGUCCUGUUGAAGUUGUGGUGGAGAUUCAGGAGCGAGCCACUAGAUGGCAGCAAACCCUCCGUUUUAGUUGGUGCUGAUUUUAUUUUACAUCCUUCAGAGAAACACGUUUAAAUCACUUUGCUGCCAUUGAAAUUUUCUUAAAGAUGAUCAGAAAUAUUGAACGGGUCCAGCCAACAGCAUUCCUACUUGAACUUAGUGAUAUGUAGAAAAAAAAAAAAGAAGAAAGAAUUCUAUUAAGUGCAAUAAUGAAUGUCUGUUUGCUUUGAAAAGGUGCGCUGAACUCAAGAAUUUUAGCACUUAAAUCCUUUUUUUUUUUAGAGGCAUUUAUGUCUAUUACACAUACAUCUGUGGUAGAAACUGAUAGUGAUAGUGGAAAUGUAAAUAUAAUUAUUAUUAUCAGAACAUCUCUGCCACUUUGGUGCCAGUAAAGUCUUUAAAGAAGUUUAAUCAGCUGCAACAGAUUCUUAUCUGCUGUAGUGAUGAUCAUCCGUCCAUACUCAAUAUUAUAACUAUCUGAUAUUAGCGACUAGUUCAUUUUUACAUUCAAAUGAUGCUACAAACACAUGACGGCCUUAUAAAAUACAGCAUGUUGUUAGAAAUUACGAAACUGGUUGGAAGGAUGCUCUGGUGUAGUGAAGCCUGUCUGAGGGCUACAUAUGUGCUCAUAGAACUGGAGAUACAAGAACUUUUUAAUGGAACCAUUUCUGUCAUUUUACCAGAGGAACCGUCGUCCAGUCGUUCUGACCAACCAGCAAACGUUUGCACUGAUUUUAUAGCAAUUCAAAGCUUUUGUAUUAUUGUCACUGAAAAAUGUAAAAACAGUAUAAAAGUGCAUCUAUUUUGUAUACGUAAAUAAAUAAUCUGUACGUGUUUUCAGGA